AUGCCUCAAUUAAUACCUUUUUAUUUUAUAAAUCAAUUAUCUUUUUCAUUCUUAACAUUACUUGCAUUAAUCUAUAUUAUUUCUAAAUAUUUUUUACCUUUAUUCACAUUUCAACAAGUAAUUAGAAUGUAUAUUACUAAACUUAAUAAUAAAUAA